AAGUAGUAUUGUUUGGGAGCAUUAUGUAGUGGGUGCAAGGAGGGUUCCCAGUGGUUGGUUGUGUGGUUCACUGAGGCAUGCAUUACCUGUUGAGCAAGGAUUGGAUAAAGGCACUUACAAUUUACAUGGGCUUUUUCGUGUUUAGUAUUCCGAUGAGCCGACUGGAGUUGCUAGACCAAAGAGUUAAUUCUCUCAUGGACCUACUACAUAUGAUUCAAUCACCAAAAGCUACAUACCUGUCAGAAUUAUUAAAGGAUUCAUGAUCUGAUUUGCAUCUGUGUUGAGCUGACCAUUCAUUGGAUUGAAACCCAUCCCCCUUGAUUGAAUGUGAUCCCUGAUUGUGAGAAUAGGAUGGCAAUGGCAUGACAACUUUCGCCCCGUUGAGUUAUUUUUGUGUGGUCGAUCAUUAAUAAAAUUCUCGGAUUUCAACUAGUUUGGAGAGAUUGCUUAAUAAAUUACACAUUGGAGCUCAAUAUACAGGCUACUGUAACCUUACUUUCCUAUACUAGUCUGAGAUGUAGCUGUACGUGACUGUGCAAUAAGAGAGUUACAUCCUCCCCACAUGUCAUCGAUGCCUUCAAUACCCCUGAACAAGCCGCUAUCAAUAGCCCCAUAUGCUUCUUUUUAUGUUAGUUAUCAACCCAGAAUAUUUCAAUGAUAACUUUUUAGGUCUUUUCUGAUCACUCGACAUUCAUUUCAGGCGUUUCUCUCAUCCAUGCAUCGGAAUUGAUAGCUGUUGCAGACAUUGCUCACUCUUUCUUGGCAGUCUAUUCAACCGAUUUUUCUUUACUGACUAGUUGUAGGUAGACCAUAGUUUAAUAGAAUUCAAAGGAAGGACUUCUCAAGUACCCACAUUGGAAAUAACAACCACCUUAUGUUAUAAAUGACUGGAAUAUAGGUCCUACCCUACCUAAACAAGCAUGAGGUAUUCAUGGACUUAACGUGGACAUAAGAGGAUUCCCAUUGACAGAGGAACACAGUUCACCAGAGGAAGUUAUUGUUCGCUAGGAUUACCUGUCCAGUAAUAAAGCUUGAAACUGACUGGAGGUUGUGAAAUAGAUAAAGAACUAUCGCUGUGAGUGUGACCAUGAUGUGGUUCACCUUACUGGGUUAGCUAGGAAGCAAACCAAAUGGAAAAUGGGAAUUACCUUGAUAAGAUAGUGAUCGAGAGCUCGUUGCGGCGUUCAUGGAUGCCGUCAGGAGACGUUUACGACUACAUCUUCAAGGUGUUGGUGAUAGGUGACAGCUUUGUGGGCAAGACUGCCCUCAUUACCAUCUUCUCGACCGGGAGGGCGUCCCCGUAUAGAGACUAUCAAACCACUAUUGGUAUCGAUUUCAAGAUUAAAACAGUAGAACUCAAUGGUAAGAAGAUCAAAUUACAAAUAUGGGACACCGCAGGACAGGAGCGAUUUCACACGAUUACCACAUCAUACUACAGAGGGGCUAUGGGGAUCAUGUUAGUCUACGACAUCACGCAAGAAAAAACCUUCGACAACAUAGCCAAGUGGCUAAGAAACAUACAAGAACAUGCAAAUGAAGAUGUAGAGAAGAUGUUACUAGGCAACAAAUGUGACAUGGAUGACAAGAGAAUGAUCAACAAGGAUAGGGGAGAGACGAUUGCGAAGGAGAAUGGAAUCAAAUUCCUAGAAACAAGUGCUAAGGCUAACAUCAACGUCGAACAGGCUUUCAUGACACUGGCAGCAGAUAUUCUAAAAAAGUACCCCCAAAGGGAUACAGGUUCACCCGGUGUGGUCAAACCAGAUAUGAAAGAAGGAGGAAGUUCAGGAUCUAAAUGCUGUCCUUAAGAGCUCCUGGAGAAGCAAACAAACCCCAGAACCCCCUUCAUCCAGCUUCAAUGAAUGUGUCAUCGCAUCGUGGAUAACAAAACCCUAGUACACCACGUGUCAAAGAACUUUUUAUUGAAUCAGCGGUGAUGAUUUCUUUGUAAUAUAAUAACAAAUAUUCUUAUUCUAUCAUUGUUUUGGGUUUUUAUUUCUUCCGUUGUCAAUAGAGAAUGUUCACCUCAUUCUACAUGGCGUGUAUGGCACCGGUUAGUUAUUUCUCUACAAACGUCCCUUGUUUGAAAAUUUAAUAAACAUUUAGGCCCGUAUUCUGAAGUCGGGUUUAAAGUUGUGGUUUAAGUAUGGAUAGCCAAUUGUUACAUAAAUCACUAACAGCAGAGGUAUCAUAUUUCAGCUCAUUUUGCUCUCAAAUCAUUCAUAAUUGUCUAGGAAGUAUAAAUAGAUGAUUGUCUUCACCAUCGAUGUAUUAGGAAAGAGCACAGUAAACAUAAGAAACCUACAACUUAAUAAAAAUUUUGACACUUUUGGCUUCCCAUAAUUUUAGCACAGAGUUAGACCACGGUCUAAUUUAAACCUGACUUCAGAAUACGGGCUUUAGGGUAUUGAUGCCAGCUAUGUGUUGUAGGUUUUGAUUACCUAUGUUCACCUUAUAAUCAUAUUAAUACAUGACUGACAAGAAAUAUCUAAUACAGUCACCUUACCGAAGGAGGAUAUUUUUAACCAUUCAUAUUAAAGAACUUGAUUUUCAUUAUCAACAGUAAGUCCCAUUGAAGAAUUUGUGUUGAGAAAAUUCUUAUAAUGGAGCAGAUAUACUUUCAUUUCAUUUCAUGAUGUAGGUCGUCUAUAGACCCUAAUGGAGAAAAAUAUGUAUGUCAUGAAAAUUUCAAAAAUCACUUGAAAUAAUUAGGCAAUGCACACUAUUAAGCACACACAUAUCAUUGCUCAUUUUAAUUUCUGUUCUCUUCGCUUUCAAUGAAAAUCGAUAUCGAAUCAUGUAAAGUAUGACAUCACAAGAAUGAUUGUGAUGAGUCGAUGAUGAUUUGUUUAUGAUGGCGCUCCCCACUGAUAUUAGGCAAACGAGCAGCUGAAAGUGUGAUUGUUGACUAAAUAAAAUAGCCAUAUGCUGUAAGUCAAAUGCAAGUAUGUUGAAAUUUACGAAGGAAUAGCUUGCUGAAACCCUUGACAUAGUUUCAUGUUAUUUAAGGAUUUAGUGAUCUUGGUUGUUUGAUAGACCAAAGUGCAGUAUACAAUUUAAUUCAAUAUGAUACAAAUCAAUUUUUGAUCUUCUUGGUGGUCCAACAUUGUCAUCAUGGACAAUUGUUUCUCCUUCAAAAGCUUUCAAUAACAAAUAUAUGCAAAAUAUAUCCAGUAUAUGCAUUUAAAACAAAGGAAAUACUGGUUAGCACUACGCCUGAAAACGUAAUAUUUUUAAUACAUAAUUUCAUGUAUCUUUUGGCAAUAUUUAUAAUUUUAAGCAAAUCUGUUUUUAAGGAAGAUUUGAUGAAGUAAUGAUUUCUCCCAUAGAACAUGCUGAUUAGUAAUUUUGCUACCAAAAUUUAACAGAAAUUAAUUUGAAACUUUGAGGAAAUAAAAAGGGGUUGGUGAGAAUACUUACUACAUUCUAUUACUGCUUUGAUAUCGUAGGGAAUGAAUGUGCUGAUAUACCACUCCGUCCCUCAUGUUACAUGAUUUGGACAUGCAUAAAAUGAAAAGUGGACAUAAGUGAAGUGUCCUCAUGCAACGCUUUUAUGAAAGUUGAUUAUAUCCAUUUCAAAGAAGUAUAUUAGGAGACAAAUUUGUAUAUAAUUAAAAAAAUAAAGAACACAUGGUUUUUACUAGGGGUGCAGAUAAAGUGGUUACUCACGUUACGGUUCAGAUGGGCUAUAUAUACAAAGACACAUUGAGCUCAUGUCCACCAAACUAUGGAAUUGCCCACAUGCAGAAAUUUGCAUUAUUAACGUCCAUUGUGAAUGAAAAACUAAAGAUAGGUGUACAAGAUCUGCCUAAUGCAUUUGAAGGAGGAAGAAGCUGGUCUGUUGGAAUGAUGAAGAAAAAAAAUGCAAGAGCAGUUUACAUAUGGACCAAGUGGAAAGUGGUGUAUUGUAUUUGUUAUUCCUGUGAUGCAAUCACAUUGAUUUUAACAGGGCUUAUUAGAGAAUCCCGCAUUAUAUCAGAUUGAUGAUCAGAAAGUCGAUAUGUGUACAGAUAUGUGGCAAUUUAUUUCCCUUUUGCGUCGUUUGCCGUAAUUUCUGUCUAUUUAUUGUUAGCUUUAUUUCAUUUGCAUGAGUGAUUUUAUACUGUGCAUUAGUUUAUCUUUGUAUUAUUUGAACAUAGUUCUUGGUAAUAUUGGGAAAGUCGUUUAAGGUUUUGUAUCGUUGGUGAUACAGGCAAGCAGAUUUUUUUUAAUGAAUGAUGAAGAAAUUGAUGAAAGAUAUAAUGAUAUAAUAAUACUAUCAUUUUGUGUCUUAUUGAGCUUGUGAACAGUUUGGCGGAUUAAAUAAAAGUGUACUUGUGGUUUAAUGCAAAGCCCUAGAUAUAGAAUUAGGAUUAGACAUACGCUUUCUGUAGGGAUGAUGAUUUGUUUAGCGAACGUUUGUAUCGUGUAAUGAGUAGUAGUCAAAUUUGUUGCAAUGAUUGUCACAAGAAGAAAUUCCAAGCUUAGCGCAUUGCAUCUCAUGAUUUUAGAGUGUUGACAGUCUUCCCCUUGCACGGAUAUAAUUUUGAUGCGAACUUCCCCAUUUCAACUUCAGAUUCACACAUAUGUAAAAACAUCCACCAUUUUAGAAGUAAGUCCAAUUUAUUGCACUUUAAGUAAGGAGUAAUGUCCAUUGAUUGAAAUGUAAAAUACUAUAGUGUAUAAUACAAAUAUAAGGAACACGUAAUACUUCUGCUCUGGGCCUAUUUUUACAUACAAACCUUACAAUCAAUUCUAUAAUUGAUUGUAUCUGUGAUACAAAGGUAUUCCAUGUACAUGCACAUACAAUCAUUUGUAGUUAUUGAUUGUAGCUCUUGUGAUAACAGGGCCUUUUAUCACAUUGAUUCCCAUUGAUUGCAGUGGCUUUUGACAUCAAUUCCAUGAAUCAUUGAAAGAAAUAAUUGUAUGCGAGUACAAAUAUGAUUCCUGAUUAUCAUCUAUCAUUUCUGAAAGAUAUGAUGGAAUGAAAUCAGCUUUAUCUGUUUUCAUAUGGUUUCAAGUUUGAGAUUCAUAUUAUGGUAAACUUGAUUUCACCAUCGUUUAGCUGUCAUGGACACACUAUUGUAUUGACUGUGCCAUCUACAUUUAUCUUACUUUCGUAAAGAAUUUUCUAACAUUUAUUUGGCUCAGUUGAAUCUCAAACUCCAAUGCAGUGACCUUUUGACCCCCCCCCCAUUUCCUGUUCAUGGAAACUAUUAUUUGUUAUUGUUCUUUUAUAUGAGUUGAAUAUCAUUAGUCAAAAGGCAGUCUUUAUGUGUUAGGUAGAUACCAAUCUGGAACUAAACAUUUAGACCAAAAAAAAAACUUAAAAGAGCUGUAUUUUAUGUACAAAAUACCUUCUCUUUGCCUAUAUAUGGAAUGAUUUAUAAAAUUAUUAUUAAGUUAAAGUUAACUAUUGUUAUAAUAUAUAUGUAUGUAUUGUAUUACUUUAGUUAUGUUCCAAUUAUUACUAUUCCUCAAAGUAACAGAAUGCAUGUAGGUAUGUAGGUAUAUGUGUAUAUUACAUAUUGGGUUGACUACUGAUAAUUAAUAUUAUAAAUGGUGCAUAAGUACAGUACAUAUGAUUUUGUACAAGAGUACAUGUUUUUUGCAAAGUUUGUUAACCCAAAUGGGACCAUUUCUUUUUUUGUACGCGUACAUAUAGAAUGACUGCUAGCCUUGUUCACAUUUGAGAAAACUGCAAUCUGCCCCAAAAUACGGAUAUUUUAAAAUGUGAAUUUAAGGACACAAGAAAUGCAAAAGACCAGUGCCGGCCGCACAGAAACGUUGUUAGCCUAACAGAGUGCUGACAGUAAGCCCAGUCGCAUCUUUUGGAUUGUGAAGUCAAAACAUUUAUUUCAAUGUGUAAGUAAUGCAUCGUUUUAACAUGAGGCAUCGCUGCCACAUUACAGGUUGUAACAGGGCCUCUGGUAGGGAAUUGUUAGCGCUAACAACGUUUCUGUGCGGUCAGUACAGAGUUCUGUAACAAAAGUUUGCUGUCAGAAGCUAAAUGCGAAUGGCCAAUCAAGAUCGCUGUUGCAUGCGCACUCUGUUAAAAAUACUGACCAGGGACCAAUCAAGAUCGUUCUUUAAUACUUGUAAUUUACAGGAAUUCAUUGUGGUAUUGGCUACAGGGAAUAACAGCAGGUCAUUGGUUGAUUUUUUUGAGGUGGAUUAUGUACAAAUCAGAUCAUGUUGUCAUAUGACCUCUUCAUUGCUUAGAGCUGUGCAAAAUGAUUGGUCAACAGAAAAUACAAAAAAGGACAUAGCUUUUUAAUAGAUGGGUGCAAGAUAAUUUUAUCCCUGAUAUGGAAAAAAUUGAUUUCCCUUCAGCUCCAUAAAUGCUCUUUUAAGUUCACUUCUAUUACACUCUGCUAAGAGCGGUAUAUCCUGUCUGAACGAGAAGGAGGCUGUCAGGCUAAUAAAUCAAAGUGGAUUGUAUUUGAAAAUUAUAUGCAUAAUAUUUUGGUUAGAAAUUGGUUGGUGAACAUGAACAGAUAUUUAUAAUGUCCUGUAUCGCAUGAGCAAGGUUGAGGUUUACCGGAAGGUUGAUAGUCUUUAUUCCAAGGAUUGCAUGAGGUUUCUCUGAUACAGCAACAUCAGAUCCGUUUGGUUGAGAAGUUGUAUUGCAUUCUGUAACUAUGGCAUGCGAUAAUUCAAAUCAACCAUUAAGACAAGCCUAUUGUUGAUUGCAUAUACUCAUGCAGGUUAAGAUUAAAAAUGAUCCAAACACAAAUUCAAGUAGAAAUUAAUGCAUAAGAUAGCCAUAUAUUUAGGUAUGAAAGAUGUUUUAAGCCGUUUAACGAUAUGUCAAUAUCGCUGUAUUUUGUAGUCUUUUUUGUACUAUGGCACCGCACUGAUACUGGAACUUUUAAGGUGACUAACAUACAAUGAAAUUCAAUGUAGCUUGUUAUAUGUGCAUUUAUGAAUGCACCAAUGUUUUCCUUUUUUAAUAACCACAUCAGGUUAUAUGUACACUUUAAUUUUAUUGUACAGAGUGUAUAGAAAAAAAAUGCUACAAUUUGCCACGCAUCUGAUUAAUACCCCCAAAGCUGGGGUCAUCUGAUUAUAGUGUCUUCAGAAAAAAAAGAGAAAAUUCAACACAAAUUGCAGUAGGUGUUGUAGGUGUUUAGUUUAGACAAUGAAAUUGAGAACUUGUACAAAAUGUGUAAUGGGUGAGAGAGAGAGAGAGGGAUAAAGAGAGAGAGAGAAAAAAAGAGAGAAAGCGAGAGUGAGGGGGGGGGGUAGAGAGAGAGUGAGAGAAAAUGGAUGAUUUAAAUGCUUGUUUGUCAUGAUGUACCAUUAUUAGUAUCUAAAAAUAAUUUUGAAUAUGAAGGGGAAAAAAGAGCCAUUCCACAGGCUAAAGAUUGCAAUCGUUAUUGUGAAUUUGCUCCAAAUGAUUAACUUGCAUUUAAUGCCAAUACGUAUGUAUUUUCUUCUGUUGAUUGUAUGUUGCUACAUACAAAAUGGUCAUAAGACAAUGCAUAGGAAAUGAUGGGGCAAAUAUUUGUGUGUUUUUGAAGUGGUAGUAACUGUGGAUUAGCCUUCCAGAUAAAGUAAUUUUGUAUUUUUAUUGAAAAUUUAUGUGACAGUUAGGGAACAGUAAUGUCUCUCUUCUUCAUCAUAAUAUUUUUUAUUGAUUUGAAGGUGUUGAGUUAAUUGUUUGCUUGUUAUUGCCAAGGUCGUUUGUCACUCUUUUAUAACAAAAUGUGACUUGGAGUAAAUUGAAACUAAAUUUCUUGAUCUCUGAUGAGGGUUGGUAUUUGCUUUAUAUACCAGUCCCUGGAAAUAUUUAUCAAAUAACAAAAAUCCAUACUUUCCCUGUUCAUUACCGAGUUCUGUGACUACAGGACCCCGUCUUACAAAGAGUUACGAUUGAUCCAAUCAAUCGUAACUCUUUGGAAAUCCAUCAGUGUCAUAAUUUAUUCUACAGGGAAUUUGAACAAUGUCCUUUCUAAGCAAAGAGAGGCACAAUGAAUUUUCAAGAAAAGAAUGAAUGCAUGAAUAUACAUCAGAGUUAGAAAAAAAUCAUGCGUACGAGAUGUUGAUGUUACUGGCCGUCCAUAGUUGUGAUGACGGGGCCUUGUAUGUUUGUAAGAGACCGCCUGGUUUGAUUGCAGUGUUUUUUUUUUUAAUGUCUAUUCUAAAUGUGGUCAUUGUUAAUUACUGUUCAUUUCAUUAUACCCCGCCACUGGUGUAUAGGAAUCAGUGUACGGUCAGUCGGUCCGUUGCACAUUUUGUGCAUCGAACUACUUCCUGAAUUUUUAACAAAUUCUCAUGUAAUUCGGAACACACAUUGGUCUUGGGGUAAAGAUGUGCAACACAAAUUUUCGCAUGGGUUUGAUAUUGCGUUGCCAUGGUAACAAUAUAUUAUGCCCCAAAAUAGGUAAAAAUCUUGCUGUUUGAAGUUCUUCCCGAGUUUUUAACCAAUUCUUAUGAAAUUUGGCAUACACAUUGGUUGAGGUAAAGAUGUGCACGAUAUGUAUUUUGCGUGUGUCGGAAAUAAUGUUGCCAUGAUUACGGCGGGGGUAUUGAUCCUCCAUUUAUUAUUAUUCAGUUAUUAUAAACACCAGUAUAAAGCGCCCUACAAAUGUUAUUAUUAUAUUAUUCAGUGAUAGUUCUAGUUUCAGUGGCCUGUGGAAUGGUUCCUUUUUAAUCUUGUGUAAAUCUUUAUAUCUUCAAAUAUGCAUCUAAUACCUUUACGUUUUCCUUAAAUGCAUCCACACAGCUAAAACCAUAUGUAGAGUAACAAAAAUGUAGUUGUGUUUUUAGAGGAGAACAUAUUUGAUAAAAUUUCAUGAAGCCACUUUGCAUUGAUUGUAGAUGUAUUUAGAUGGCAUUGUAUUGAAUGGAGUGAAAUGGUUAGAAAUCUGAGGGAGUGCCCUUUACUUGUGGAAUAAUGGAAUUCUAUGUUUAUGGAGGUACACAAACAAAUUGUAAGCAUUAUACACUUGUACAUUGGUUAUAUUAAAGAGAAAAAUAAUGCUGAAAUUAUAAAA